GUUUCUGGCGCCAAAUCCGGCCGUCAUUCAUUUUUUGAAUGUGAACCAUCGCAUUGCUUCACAAUGCCACAAUCGAAGCACAUGAUGUCUUGCUGACCCAUGAUCUUAUUAGUUAGUUGCUAAUAUUGGUGGUGUUGUACUGUAUUAUCAAUCAACCAUGCCCCUGUUUCCAGAGACCGACGAUGGCUUUGUAGGCUACGUGGAGAAAUCCCAUGAUCCAGGUAAUAGUCUCAUCUUUGCCACCAUUUUAUUUUGCAUCAUUAUCUAUUGCUCCCUGCCCUUUCUCGUGUCCUUGGGUUUUCGCCUGGAAAUCAAGAACCAGAUCAAUCAAGAAAAGAGACAGCGCUGGAAGGCUCAACCACGACCACCGUCCACUAGGAGCAGCAACAACAACAACAACAAUGUGCCAAUCAUUGCUACUUCGGAGUAUGACGGCAGCGUCGAUCCAAUUUUCGAAGCCACAGAAGGCCCACCAUCACCCAUGAGUGUAGUAUCGGGUCGAUCGGCAAUCUCUGUGACUCCCAGUGUUUCCUCCCUGGUUUCCCUGCACAGCCAGCGAUCACGCAAAAGACGCCGUCGAAAGCGCCACAACAAGCGCAUCAUGGAGAAGAAAAAUGAAUGGGUAGAGUUUGAACUCAGAAUGCAACGCUAUGAUGCCUAUGCGGAUAGUGUCAUCAAUGGCACGGACGACGCGGCAACCAACAAAGCCGAAGAGAACGCCAUUGUGAAAUUAAGUGAUUCUCCCACCAGACGGCCAAAGAGCCGAGAUCAAUCGCCUGUGCGUUCUGUCAUGGGGUCGCUCGAUCAAGAUGCCUUAUCGUUUGGCGACGCCGUCAGCAUCACGACAUCCAGUCCAGCACGGAAAGGAUACCCACCCCCGCUGCGGGACCAUCUCAAAACUAAUCAACCGGAUGAUGUCAACCCGGCCGAUGAUGAUACUUCCUUCUGGAAUUCACUCUUGGAUCUCGCCGUGUGGGAUUUUGAAAGCAAACGCAUCAUCAAACUGGCGAUUCCUUUUGCAAUACAGUCACUUUCCACUGGAAUCCUGGAUAUUAUCACAGCAGCCGUGAUUGGAAAGGUCCUUGGUACCAGCGAGAUCUCCGCCUUUGUCACCGUGAGAGGGUUGAUUCAUGUUUCAUCCAGCUUCUUUGGAGGGUACCAUGAAAGCAUUGCCGUCUUGUGUAGCCAGGCAAUGGGUAAAAACAAUGUGAAACUGGUCGGACACUACGUUCAGCUGUCCAUGAUACUCUACGUGGUCUCCUACAUUCCCUUUGUGAUCCUCUGGUGGGUGUCCAUGCCGUCCAUCCUGGAGUGGCUUGGAUUUGACCAGGACACGGUUGACAUUGGACAAGGAUAUACCCAGGUCUACUUGUUUUUGGAGCUGUUGGAUGGUGUCGAAGAGAGCGUUCAUGGUUUGCUCGAUGUCAUUGACUUGGAAUCCUACAGCACUCUGAUUGGAGUCUCGCAGGAAGUCAUUACGUUCCUCGACAUUCUGGCAGCUACAUUCAUAGCCAAGCCCAGUCUCUAUGUCAUUGGUUUGAUUGAGUUGUUUGUGGCUAUCGUCUUUUUGAUAGUCAAUGUUGGCAUCAUCAUCUGGCGUGGCUGGUUCCGGCCAUACCGAGAGGGUUUGAUUGGCAGCUGUGCAUUGUACAACAAAACAGCUGUCAAGUUGAUGUUGUCCACAUCAUGCUCCCUUUCCAUAGGAUACCUCUUGACCGAUGGAGAGUGGGAAAUCUUGACUUUGUUUGCAAAGUACAUGGGCCCUGCAGAAG